UGAUAGCAUUCGAUACAACACAAGCUAGGCAGCAGCAUCCUAUAUGAGUGUAAUAUACUCUUAUGAUGCUUGCGAUAUGGAACAAAGACAUUUCAGCAUCAGCAUCAGAAAUGGUUUCUAAAAUGAAUAUACAGUUGAGAAGUGGGGAUGUAGCGUCAAGCAAGACAUUAAGCUUUGCUGAUGUGGAAGUUCGAGUAAGCUGAACUAAAACUAAAAAAGAAGCUAUCAUUAGUACUUUUAAUAAUUAAGAUUCCAAUAAUUUUGUUCAUUUGCAAAUUUUGGAUACUCUUUUCAUAUUCUCGUGCUCACGUGCGUUAUGCAAGAAUUCAUGCUUCUCCAAAUUCUGAUUGGUUUUUCUUUCUUGGCAACGGCAAUUCCGAAGCCGGAAAAUGAUCACAAGCCGCGAGUUAUUAAUAAGGAACCAAACAGUGAAGAACAUUAUGUCAAUUCUCAACAUAAUCCUGCCUAUGAUCAUGAAGUUUUUUUAGGUGAAGAAGCAAAAACUUUUGAUCAGCUUACUCCUGAAGAAAGUACAAGAAGAUUAGGAAUAAUAGUUGAUAAAAUAGAUAAAGAUAAUGAUGGUUAUGUUACUGGAGAAGAACUUAAAGAUUGGAUAUUAUAUUCUCAACGGCGUUACAUACGGAACAAUAUUGAACAUCAAUGGAAAUCUCAUAAUCCUGAAGAAAAAGAGAAGCUUCCAUGGACAGAAUACUUAGCAAUGGUUUAUGGAGAUAUGGAUGAACAGGAAGCAGAAAAUCACGAAAAAUCUAAAGAUAAUACUUUUUCGUAUGCUGCUAUGCUUAAAAAAGAUCGCAGACGUUGGACAGCUGCAGAUUUAGAUGGUGAUGAUGCUCUUACAAAAGAAGAGUUUGCUGCUUUCCUUCAUGUAGAGGAAGCUGAUCAUACAAAAGAUAUUGUAGUAUUAGAAACCAUGGAAGAUAUUGAUAAAGAUGGUGAUGGAAAAAUAUCUCUUUCAGAAUAUAUUGGUGAUGUAUAUGAUGGUGCAGAAGGCGAAGAAGAACCAGAAUGGGUAAAAAAUGAAAAAGAGCAAUUUUCCAUGUAUCGUGAUAAAGAUGGUGAUGGUUUCUUAGAUUUGGAAGAGGUUAAAACUUGGAUUAUUCCAGCUGAUUUUGAUCAUGCAGAGGCAGAAUCUCGUCAUCUCAUAUUUGAAGCAGAUACAGAUGCAGAUCAAAAACUAACUAAAGAUGAAAUAUUGAAAAAAUACGAUAUUUUUGUUGGUUCUCAAGCAACUGAUUUUGGUGAAGCAUUAACCAGACAUGAUGAAUUCUGAAUGAUAUCAUACAUAACUUUCAAAUAAUACUCUUAGAAAUAAACAAAAUAACAUAAUUGAAAUAUGAAGAACAUUUAUAAAGCAUUUAUUAGAGAUAUUUAUCUUUACUAAUAGAUUAAGAAUCGAAAAUGGCUGAUUUUUAUUUACCUCAUUGUAAACAAAAAAUCAUUACAUCAAAAUGUAAAUAUAUAUUAAUCAUUGUAAUAAAUUUAAAAUAUUUUAAAUA